AAGACGGGAGGGACUCCUCCGGCCGCCAGGGGGCGCGCACGCCGCCCCUGCCUCUCUGGCCCGCUCCGCCGGCGGAGGAUAGAUAUCCCAGAGUCCCGCGCGGCGCUGGCCCUUCCUUCCGCCGUGGCCGCCAUUGGAGAGCAGCAGCCAUGGCCCUGCGCUACCCGAUGGCCGUGGGCCUCAACAAGGGCCAUAAGGUGACCAAGAACGUGAGCAAGCCGAGGCACAGCCGCCGCCGCGGGCGCCUGACCAAGCACACCAAGUUCGUGCGCGACAUGAUCCGCGAGGUGUGCGGCUUCGCCCCGUACGAGCGGCGCGCCAUGGAGCUGCUCAAGGUGUCGAAGGACAAGCGCGCGCUCAAGUUCAUCAAGAAGCGGGUGGGGACGCACAUCCGCGCCAAGAGGAAGCGGGAGGAGCUGAGCAACGUGCUGGCGGCCAUGCGCAAGGCGGCGGCCAAGAAGGACUGAGCCCCGCCCCCCCACCGCAAUAAAAGGCUUCGCGGAA